AGGGCAGCAAAAGAGGGCGGUCUAUUCCUGGGCUCGGCAUGGCGGCGGUGACGGGUCUCCUCGCGCGGCGCAGAGGCGGCAUUGGAGGUAAACAGAGGCGACCAAGUUUAAUUGUCUCCCCCCGCAACUUUUGAGCGCUCCCCUUGGUACACGCCGGGAGCCGCACGGCUUUUACGGAGGGGGACUGGCACGUACCAAGGAGGGAUGGAAGCGGGGGGUGGGGUUAGAUGAGCGGGAGCAAAAUACUGGGGAAGACUCCUUUACUUCGUGAGGGGCAGCAGCAGUUGGGGUGGGGGAGGGAAUCUAAGGAGCGGCUCCCAUUCUGGGGGCUUCUUCCACACACCCCUGGGACCCUUCGCAUACCACUGUGGGAUAGCUCAGAGGACCCUCCAUGGACCGGGGCAGUCUAUCUCAAAAUAAUACCGGCUGCAGUCACAGCCACCUUCAUGCUCAGAUUGCAAGUAUCCAGAAGCUGCACCCGGGCUCAGUGGCCCUUUGGUUCUCAGUUGGCAAGCCCGCUCACUCUCUGUAUAUGUAUAAAAAUAUAGAUUACUGUAAUGCGCUCUCCGUGGGCCUGCCUUUGAAGACUGUUUGGAAACCUUUCCUGGUGCAAACUGUAGCUGAGCAAAUGCUUGUCCAAACGCCAAUGUUGCACCACCAGCCCCACUUGUGCAUUUCCAGACUUAGCCCAAGAUGCUGCCGUUAAAACCUGAGUGGCCAUAAAUGGCUUGGAGCCAGCACCCCUAAAAGCCAGUCUUCAACUGAGUGGGACUACCAGGUCACAGCCUUAGCCAAAUGGGGGUUUGCAUCCCCAACACUGGCACCAUACAAAUACAGUGAUACCUCGGGUUACAGACACUUCAGGUUACAGACACUUCAGGUUACAGACACUUCAGGUUGCAGACUCCGCUAACCCAGAAAUAGUACCUUGGGUUAAGAACUUUGCUUCAGGUGAGAACCGAAAUCUUGCGGCGGCAGCGGGAGGCCCCAUUAGCUAAAGUGGUACCUCAGGUUAAGAACAGUUUCAGGUUAAGAACAGACCUCCAGAACGAAAUAAGUUCUGUACGGUGGUACCUCGGGUUAAGUACUUAAUUCGUUCUGGAGGUCCAUUUAUUUAGUUUUAAAUAAAUUAGGAGUCCCCAAAUGCAUGUUCUCUGGUCCAUGGGGUCACGAAGAGUCGGACACGACUAAACGACUAAACAACAACAAAAUGCAUGUUUGAGUAAAGAAGCUAUAGCCCUUCUAUAAAUACAGUAAGAUUCCAGUCCUCAUUGUUCUGGAUAAAGACCUGGUUUAAAUAGUAACAAGGAAGCUGCCACCUUACUGGUCCAUCUAGCUCAGUAUUGUCAACACUAUCAGAAGCCAGGAUUUCAGGCAGGGAGCCUCUCCCAGCCCUCCCUACCAGGGAUUUAAUUUGGGACCCUCUGCAUGCAAGGGGGUGGCAAGUGUUGUUCAAUGUGCAAAAGGCCAGCCAGGAAAAUGGAGGCCUUGAGGCCUUGCUUGCUUUCUCACCUCUAGCAAGGGGGCUGCGGAGGGAGGGGUAUGGCUCCUUUCACCUUUCCGCUCAGUUGGCCAGGAGCCCGUGGGCAUCUGUCGGUUUGCUGCUCCCUCUCGGAUUGCAAUUCAUCUCCCUGCAAUUCCUCUUCUGUUCUUUACAAGCUGGGUGUCUUUUAUAGGCAGAUAAACUUUUGCCCCUGCUGUAAAGUUGGAGUACUACUUGUCUCCUCUGCAUUGGGUGCUGUAAAAUGAAAAGACCCUGAGGCGGGGUGCUGGGGGUGCAGGUUCAAAGCAGCUUCUGUGUGCUUGAGUUUUAGGAGCUUGUGUCACCCCCUUUGUUUUGUGCACUGAGGACUUUAACCCUGACCUCCCCAGUGGAAAGGGACAGGGGCAGAUCUUCAGCCUAGCCUAGCCUGACUAAUUCUUCUGCUCACUCAGCAGCUAAUGCCGCAAGAAACCUUGCAGACUCUUUUGUUAAACAUGGCUAGAGACAUCUCUUUUUUUCUUUUUGCCCCUUUGCAGAGACCAGAACAUAGACAGAGUCAGAGCAUUGGUACAUGGAGCUCAGUAAUGUGUAAACUGACUGGCAACAGUUCUCCAGGCUUUCGGAGAUUCCCAGCCAGAUAGGUGGGGUAUAAACAAUAAAAUUACAGUGGUACCUCAUGUUAAGUACUUAAUUCGUCCUGGAGGUCCGUUCUUAACCUGAAACUGUUCUUAACCUGAAGCACUACUUUAGCUAAUGGGGCCUCCCGCUGCCGCUGCGUCACUGGAGCCCAAUUUCUGUUCUUAUCCUGAAGCAAAGUUCUUAACCUGAAGCACUAUUCCUGGGUUAGCGGAGUGUGUAACCUGAAGCGAAUGUAACCUGAAGCGUAUGUAACCCGAGGUACCACUGAAUUAUUAUUAUAUUACCUAGCAAUGCUGUAAGGGACCUUCUGCAUGCCAAGCUCGUAGAGCUUCAGCCAUUCCCAAGUAGGAUUACAGGAAGUUGCCUUAUACCAGGGGUCGGCAACCUAAGGCCCAUGGGCCACAAGUGGCCCAUGGGGGUUGUUUAACCAGCCCAUGGACCCCUGCCGCCCGCUUGAUCAGCUCCCGUGCGCUGCACUAAACCGGAGCAGAGCGGGGACCGCCUUCCGUGAUGCUGGCCGGCUUCCCAUUGACUGCAGGAAGCUCCUGCAGCCACUGGGAAGCUGUGCACACCUCAUCCACGCUGGAAGUAGCUUUUUUCUAUGCGUGCAUGCACACAUGCGUGCACACUCCAGUCCACUGCGGCAUCUGCGGGACUGUGAACUGGCCCAAGCCACAAAAACUUUGCUAACCCCUGCCUUGUGCCAUUGGUCUAUCAAGCUCAGUAUUGUUCAUCCUGACUGGUAGUGGCUCUCCAGGGUUUCAUGCAGGGCGUCUCUUCCAGCCCAGCCUGAAGAUGCUGUCGAUUGAACCUUGUACCUUCUGCAUGCAAAGCAGAUGCUCUACCACCAAGCUACGGCCCGUCCCCAACAGGGUGUCCUGUUUAGCAGCCCAGCUCUACGUCUUCUGGGCCAGACUGAAAGGGCUCUUCGUGCUUUUCCAUUUGCAGCUUGGACUUUUCAAUGUCUGCGAAGGCUGCACACUGUAUACCAGACGGUAGAAUUGCCGGAAACUCACCAGAUGCUUCGCCAGACAUGCCGGGACUUCGCUGAAAAGGAGCUGGCCCCCAUUGCUGCUCAGCUGGACAAGGAGCACCGCUUCCCUGCAGAGCAGGUAUGUAUGUGACUCAUCUCCGGGUAACACAGGUCCCCUGUCUGAUAUUCUGAAUGACCCUAAAGGCCUGUCGCAAUCCAGCAAGUUUGUCCCUGAGAAGAGCAUCCAUGUUGAGACUGAGACCUAAUGCCCUGGUCUCCUUGACCAUCGGGAUGUUUAGCUUGGUCUCGGCAAUGCCCAAGUCAGGAACAAACUCUUAAUCCUUUGGCUCAUAUCCACUUGAUUACAGUCAAAUCUUGGUUGUCGAAUGUAAUCCAUUCUGGAAGUCUGUUCGGCUUCCGAAAUGUUCGAAAACAGAGACAUGGCUUCCGAUUGGUUGCAGGAGCUUACUGCACUCAAGCGGAAGCCGUGUCAGACAUUUGCUUCUGAAAAACGUUGAAAACUGGAGCAUUAAAAAAAAAAGGAGCCAAAACGUUUCAAAAUGGAGGCAUUCAGGAUCCAAGGUUUGACUGUAUUAGAACCAGAAUUCUGCAUCCAGAAAAGCUGAAUUCUGCAACCUGUAUAAUGCAGGCUGUUUACCUUGUUAUGCCCAAAUUUGCUUCUUUGAUUCUAAGAACAUAAGAAAAGCCUGGCUGUUGGAUCAGGCCAAAAGGGGCUCGUCUAGUCCUGCAUCCUGCCUGUUUUCAUAGUGACUAACUAAAUGCUACAAGCAGGACCUGACCACAUGAGCACUCUGUUGCACUGAACCCAUUCCUCUUGCCUGCUUAUUCUGCUAUCCUCCUGGCUUCUAAGAUGCUACCUUCCUCAUAUGCUUUCAAGCAUGUUUUCUCUACCAUGAGGGCUAGGAACUUGAUUUAUUUAAAAACAAACCCCUCCCCCUCCACACACACCUUGAAACACCUUUUUUUUCGUAAACCACUUUGAGAUUUUUUCUGCAACCAAGUGGUUUGUAAAUUUUAUAAAAUGAGUAAAAAAAAUAAAAUGAAAGCCAAGAUUCACAAAACUGAAUUGUGCUUUCUCUCAUAACCAGUUUUUCUGUCCUGAGAAACAGCAGCCAUGCCCAUCCUAGCUGCCGGAUCACAAAUUACCUUGUUUUGUAUUGCACUGGCUUCACACUCCUUAGAUUUUAUUGGUAAGGCUGCCUUGCACAAAUGUUCUUUCAAAGAGCAGUUUAAUGUAAAUAAAAGAAUGAAUUGCACGACGUGUGGUACGCUUUCUCCUGGCAGUAUGUGCUGUUCUGUAAUUAAGUAAUUGCUAUGCUUCUGCUAGGAAGGGAAGAAGUUAUGGCUGCUGCUGGAUGACUGACAAGGGCAAGCGUAAUCCAGUGUGGAAUUGCUUUAAUUCGGCUUUCAGCUGGGUUGUUUCUGCCACUGUGCUGCCUCCCCUAAUCAGCUUUACAUCAUCAUUUCCUUCUCCACUUACAGGUCAAUAAAAUGGGUAGCCUUGGACUUUUUGCAAUGGACGUACCUGAGAAGUAUGGAGGAGCUGGUCUUGAUUACUUGGCCUAUUCCAUCGCUGUUGAGGAAAUCAGCCGAGGCUGUGCAUCUACUGGCGUGAUCAUGAGUGUAAAUAAUGUAAGAGAUUCCCACAGAUGUUAACCUUGAUUAGCAUUCAUUCAUUGUACCUAAGAGUUAGUGGCUUGUUGUUGUUUAGUUGUGUCUGACUCUUCGUGACCCCAUGGACCAGAGCAUUUCAGGCACUCCUAUCUUCCACUGCCUCCCGCAGUUUGGUCAAACUUCGAGAACACUGUCCAGCCAUCUCAUCCUCUGUCGUCCCCUUCUCCUUGUGCCCUCAAUCUUUCCCAACAUCAGGGUCUUUUCCAGGGAGUCUUCUCUUCUCAUGAGGUGGCUUCUCAUGUGUGGCUAAGAUACAAUCAAAACAAGGCAAUCUCUGACCUGGUGGGCUUACAAUCUAAAAAAACAUGGCACACAAGGCAAAAAGGACAGGGAGGGAAGAGGAAAACCAUCAAAAUUCAGGCACAAAUUUCUAAACAGUUGUUCCUACACUGACCAGCCGGCACAGUUGGAGUGCCUGAUGCUUGAAGUUAAUGCAAAAGUGGUACCUUACCCUGUUAAAGUGAUCAUAUAUUUAUAGGAAUGUUUCAGCAAUUUGUUGACAGGAAUGUUGUGAAAGGGAUAGCUAUAAACACAUCUAACAGACAUGUGUCAGGGUAAUCAGUGUUCCAAGUAUUCAAUGAAAUGGACAGACUUACGUGGCAGUCUGUUAGGAAGAACCUGUCCGCUUGCUCUACUAAAUUUAUUUGCAGAUGAUAAUAUGGACUUGAGCUAUUAAACCCCCUCAUAGGAUACUUUUUGGUUCCUGCACUUAUGACUGUCGCCACUUUUUAGGAGGACCUAAAAAGUUUUUAGGAGGUGUGUAAAUCAGUAUAACUCAGGGGUUGGCAAGGUUUACCUCGCCUGGGCUGGUUCACUCCAGUGGAGAUCCCUCCGUGGGUCGGAUCACCCGCGAUUUCCAAUGUCUGCACAGACGUGAUUUCCGGCACCACGAAAGCGAGUCCCCGUGCUGCGCUGCGCCAGUUUAGUGCAGCGCAUGGGGACUCGGCGAGCAGGCGGCUUGAUUCGGGGGUGGCUCGUGUGCCAGUUAAACGACCCCCAUGGGCCGCUUGUGGCCCAUGGGCCUUAGGUUGCCAACCCCUGGUAUAACUUGUCUUACCUCCCCUCCCCAUUUAGUCCCUCUAUUUAGGACCAAUUUUGAAGUUUGGGUCUGAAGAGCAGAAACAGAAGUGGAUUGCACCUUUCACCAGUGGGGAGAAAAUAGGGUGCUUUGCCCUAAGUGAACCCGGUAAGUUAGGCACACAGGUAAUACCUUGGGGUCCUUAAAAAGAAAUUAUACUCAGCUUCCUGUAAGAGGGAGUGAUGGCCACCAGCUUGGAUGGAUUCAAAAGAAGGUGAGACAAAUUCAUGGAGGAGGAGGCUAUCAGCAGCUACUGCCUAUAUUCUGCCUCCACUGUCAGAGGCAAUGGAUCCCUCCGAUACUAGUUGUUGGGAAUCAAGUGGGGAGAGUUCUGCUGCCCUCAUGCCCUGCAUGUGGGUUUCCCAUUUGGGCAUCUGGUUGGCCACUGUGAGAACAGAAUGCUGGACUAGAUGAGCCCCCAUUGGCCUUACCCAUCUGCAGAGCUACUCUGAUGCUCUUAAUCUAGAAUCUGUGUCCUGCAUACAUUACACAAAUGAGUAUAUUUUGCUUUUUAAAAUAAGAAUAAUAAUAAUAAUGCUUUAUUGUUUAAAAAAAAACUAUGUAGCAUAUGUAAUCAACAGAAAAAAGAUCAUAUAAACAAACAUUUGUUCCAUAGUCAGUGCUUGUAUGGAAAGGAGACGCUAUCUCAUCCAAAUCAGACUGGCAAAAUAAGAUGCGAUCAUAUGCAGAGCUAACCAGGUUAUCAGCAAGGUUCCGAGAUGUUACCGAUGAAAAAUUUAAUAGAGAGUGGGAAGUGUACAGAGUUUAUUUAAAUAACAUUGCAAAAAUAUAAAUCCAUUGGCAGGUCUGGACUGACUUACCUGCGUGUAAUAGGAGAAUCGUACAAAACUAUUGUAACUGGAAUAACCUAGAGGAGAUAAAGCUUAGUGUGAUAUGGGAACCACAAAUGAGCAUAUUUUGCAUUCAUUCUGAUCCCCGCAAGUUGUUAUCCAUUCCCUAGGCAUGUGGAGCAUUAAGGAAUUUGUGUUAUGACAUUUAGUCGUGCCAGCCAUGGGUCCCCAGAGGCGGUUGGACUAGUGACUGCCAUCACUCUCAACCAGCAUAGCUAAUGGUCAAGGAUGGAGGGACACACACACAGAGACAAACAACUGGUGGUGUCUCUAGCUCAGGGUGGUUGUUUAUUCUUACCAACAGCAGCCAGAAAGUCUAGUCUGGCAAAGAGGGGUGGGUGUGUUAAAAAGGCUUAUUCUGCAGUUGAAAUACAGCUGGAGGAUGGGGCUACACGAGGAGAUGGGACUCCUCUGCCGAGUCAAGACUUGAGUUUUCGCAGUCCCCUCUCGGAGAGGGAGCAGCGCCAGGUCUUUGGGUCAGAAACCCUUUUGGUUUUCUCUUGCUAAGGCAACGGCAGCGAUGCCGGAGCUGCUUCAACGGUUGCACGGCUGGUUGGGGACGAGUGGGUCCUGAACGGCACCAAAGCCUGGAUCACAAACGCCUGGGAUGCCUCUGCAACGGUGGUCCUUGCCACCACAGACAAGUCUCUGAAGCAUAAGGUGAGUGUAGCCCUUAGGGUCAGUCUUCACAACCAGGAAAGCUGGGGCUGAGCUAGGUCCCCACACAAAGGGGCUUUGUCCCAUUGGGUGUAUUGGUUUGUUUUUAAAUGCAGCCUUCCCCAGUGAUGUAAGACGGACCGAGAAACUUUUGACUCUGCUGCUAGCCUUUAUUCCCUGCUCUGCCCAACAGAAGUAGAAAUGGGAUAGAUGGUCUAGAUCAGCCUUGCUCAACCUGUGGGUCCCCAGAUGUUGUUGAACUACGAACUCCCAUCACCCCUAGCUAGCAAGGCCAGAGCUCAGGGAUGAUGGGAGUUGUAGUCCAACAACAUUGGGGACCCACAGGUUGAGAACCGCUGGUCUAGAUGCAUUGGACUUACGACUCCCAUAAGAGUAUGGCUCCCGUGCUGGCUGAAGCCAAUGGGAGUUUUAGUCCACAAUACUUGUCUCUGGUUCGCCAGAAGUGGCUUAGUCAUGCUGGCCACAUGACCCGGAAGCUGUACGCCGGCUCCCUUGGCCAGUAAAGCGAGAUGAGUGCUGCAACCCCAGAGUCGGUCACAACUGGACCUAAUGGUCAGGGGUCCCUUUACCUUUACCUUUUACUUGUAGGGCAUCAGGUUGGGGAAGGUUGGUUUAUAGCCAGCCAGGCGGUAUAGUAGUUAGAGUGGUUGGACUAGGAUCUGGGAGGCUAGGAUCCAAAUCCCCACAUGGCCAUGAAGCUCACUGGGUAAACCAGUCACUGCCUCUCAAUCUUGAUAAUCUCACAAGGUCAUUGUGGGGAUUCAGAGCUACCUUGAGCUGUUUGGAGGAAAAAGUGGAAUGCAAUUCAUAAAUAGCCUGCCAGGGAUCCCAGCUCAGGCAGGCAGGAGAAGAAGAAGAGUUUGGAUUUGAUAUCCCGCUUUAUCACUACCCGAAGGAGUCUCAAAGCGGCUACCAUUCUCCUUUCCCUUCCUCCCCCACAACAAACACUCUGUGAGGUGAGUGAGGCUGAGAGACUUCAGAGAAGUGUGACUGGCCCAAGGUCACCCAGCAGCUGCAGGUGGAGGAGCGGAGACACAAACCCGGUUCACCAGAUUAUGAGUCUACUGCUCUUAACCACUACACCACACUGGAGAGACUUGUCAAGCCACUGGUGGAUCACCGGUCAUGCCAGCAGACCUCCUUCUGCGUGAGCAACUUGCCAACGUUGUUCUGUCUUGUCGUGCAGGGCAUCAGCGCCUUCCUCGUCCCCAUGCCAACCCCUGGCCUGUCCCUGGGAAAGAAAGAAGACAAGCUAGGGAUCCGAGCCUCCUCCACCGCCAACCUGAUCUUCGAGGACUGCCGGAUCCCCAAGGCCAACCUCCUGGGGGAGCAGGGGAUGGGCUUCAAGAUUGCCAUGGUGAGUAAAUUCUUUUAACGGUGAGGAAGAGGGGAGGGAAUGGGGUUAAGCAGCACCCUCUGCCUGCACUGGAAGCACAAAGGGUGGCGGUUCUGGCCUUCGCACCCUCUUCCCCUCCAUGCCCUGUUUUCAGCCUUUCAGGAAUUUGGCGGAUCACUAUGUUGCUGUUUUCUUUUAAAGUGUGUGUUGGGGAAGACUCGUGUCCUUCAUGCCCUCUCUGUCUGGCCCACAGGCCCCUCCUUAGACAAUGCACCCCUUUCACUGCCUGUCUGUGAACUCUAAUAAAUGCCUCUUGCUUGUCUGGAUAGGUAGUUGUUGCCCAAGUGUACGUAGGAACUAGCCUAUGUCUAUGAGAACAUCUGUGGUUUUUUUAAAUUUGAUUUUCUGUUUUUGCUAAUUUUUUAUUACACCUAGCGUUUUUUAUUGCUAUUUUUAACAAAUGUUUUAUACAAUUUUGUAAGUGGUAUGUAAAACUUGCUAAAUAAUAAUGUGUAUCCCCUGGCUGAGGAAGGGGGGGGCACCUACUCCACUUUGGGAAUUAAACUCUGGAACUCACUCCCACAAGAGGCAGCGAGGGACAAUAACAUGGAUGACUUUAAAAGAGGUUGGCGCCAAUAGCCAUGUUAGCUGUGUUUUACCUCCACAGCUGGAGACAACAAUGCUUUUGAAUACCAGUUGCUGGAAACCACAGGACGGAAGAGGGCUUUUGUGCUUGGGCAUGGGACACAGGUGGCGCUGUGGUCUAAACCACUGAGCCUCUUGGGCUUGUCGAUCGGAGGGUCAGCGGUUCAAAUCUCUGCAACGGGGUGAGCUCCUGUUGCUCUGUCCGAGCUUCUGCCAACCUAGCAGUUUGAAAGCAUGCCAGUGCGAGUAGAUAAAUAGGUACUGUGGUGGGAAGGUAAAUGGUGUUUCUGUGUGCUCUGGUUUCCGUCAUGGUGUCCCAUUGUGCCAGAAGCUGUUUAGUCCUGCUGGCUACAUGACCCAGAAAGCUCUCUGUGGACAAACGCCGGCUCCCUUGGCCUGAAAGCGAGAGGAGCGCCACAACCCCAUAGUCACCUUUGACUGGACUUAACUGUCCAUGGGUCCUUUACUUGAGGACUUUCCAUUGGGGCAUCCAGUUGGCCACUGUGAGAAGAGGAUGCUGGACCAGAUGGGCCAUUGGCCUAAUCCAGCAAAGGCACCUUGUGUCCUUAUUAAGCAUCCUUAUAUUGAGACCAUUGGUCCAUCCAGUUCAGUAUUGUUGGCAGUGAUUGGCAACAGCUCUCCAGGGGAUUUAGGGAUGUUUUUUUCCUUCCUUGGCUCAACCUGGCCAUGCUGCCAAGGGACGGAGCUAAAGGCAGACAUUAAAGCAGUGGGAGGCAGUGGGAGAGGAGGUCCUCCAGUAUGUGCCCCUUCCGAAAGGUUUGUAGUUCUGGGGAAUCCCAAGAGCUGCACUGUGGUUUUUUAACCCCCCAUUUAAGAAUGUUCUUGCUUUUCCAAAGUGGUUCAUAUCAUAAAUAAUAGUAAUGGAAAGAUACAAAGGCAGGCCUUGAGAUUAGUCUCUUGUCAUAGAUAAGAGAUAAGGUCAGGUGGAUCACAGUCUGAGACAGCAAAGCCUGAAGCCAUAAUCUACUUACACUGGUAUAAUACUGCUUCCACCCCAGGGAUUGUGAGAACUGGACUUCUCUAAACAUCCUUGCCAGACUGCAGUUCCCAGGAAUCUUCUGGCAAAGCCAGGAUAGUUUUAAAAUAGUGUAGGACAAUAUCAGUUUGUACUGUGUGUGUCUCUUCAUUGUGGCUGAUCUGGAGGUAGUAGCAAAACUGCCCCACUCCAUGCUUCACUAACAGCUGCCUGUAUUUACUGGAUGCUGGGCUUUGCAAAGUCUGCCCAGUCAUUCCAUAGUCUUCAGUUAAAGUUGGCUUUUCCUGAUGUGGCUGGUUGUAGUGCACAAACUCAUUUUUUUGUCUUUCCACCUUCCUUUCAGCAAACCCUGGACUCUGGGAGGAUUGGAAUUGCAUCUCAGGCAUUAGGAAUAGCCCAGGCAGCUCUCGAUUGUGCUGUGGAUUACGCUGAGAAAAGGGUGGCUUUUGGCUCCCCCAUUACUAAGCUGCAGGCCAUUCAGGUACAUAGAUAGAUCUCUCUCUUACAGGGGCUAUUCUCUUUGUAGUUCCAGGACUCAUCAAUACUUUAAAAAAUAAUAAUAAUCAGGGAGGCUAACCUGCAGCCCCACUGUUUUUGCUGAACUAGAGCAGGAAAGCUUGCCUGGCACCCUUGUUACAUAUACUUAGGUGCUGAGCAAAAACAUUUCUCUUCUCCCACGCCUUUGGCUAAUUAAACAAUCUUUGGCACUUUAAACUGUGGGGGGUAUUUGUUUUCAUUUGUUACCGUGUUAUGUAUUUUUGUGUUUUUAUAUUGUAAUCCUCCCUGUGAUCUUUGGAUGAAGGCUGAUACAGAAAUGUUAUUCUUGUUAUUAUUAGUGCUCCCAUCAGCUCUGGGCAGCAUGGAAGUUGUCCUUCAGCAGCAGCUGAUGGGCUGCAGGUUUGCCAAUCUGUUUUAGAGAAAAAUGUCAAAACAGAAGAGCUGGAAUUCAUUGUGUACUUGUUGCACAACUUGAUUACUUUGGGAACAUCAAUAUCUUAAAAGUGAAAUGGUUUCCCUGACUAGGACCAGCCCAGAGGGCACACCCUUCCUCCUAUAAUUACAUGGGGCACAAGGGCAUUCAAAGAACCAUCAUCCCCAGUGUAUGGUUCCACAUGGGAUGGAUUUCUUAGUCUUCCACUUGAUGUUCCUGCAAGACAUUCAAAAUUAGUGCGACAAGGCAUAUGCUUUGCUUUAUUCAGAAACUGGAUAGUGGUUGAGCUUCUGUUAAGUACUUGCUGUGCUCAUUUUGAUUUGUUGCAUGCAGAACCAGCCUUGCCUUUCGAUGUUUUGAACUGCAGCUCCCGUCAGCCCCAGCCAGCGCAGCCCCAAACGGGAGUUGUAGUUCAAAACAUGUGGACAGCACUGGCUUGGGGAAGGAUGGUGCAGAAUAUCUAGGGCCGCCAGAGUUAUUCAACCUACCAUGGUGUUUUGUGUCUGUAGUUCAAGCUGGCUGACAUGGCACUGGCCCUCGAGAGCGCCCGUCUGCUGACAUGGAGAGCCGCCAUGUUGAAGGACAACGGAAAGCCCUACACAAAGGUAAUAGUGCUUGUCUUCACAGAUAACGGACAGGUUGCAGGCACCCUAGAAAUGUGUGCAAAGGCAAAAAAAAACAACGUUCCCUGGGCUAUAGAAAAUCCCCCACCCCACCCCGUUUUGCAAGGUGGGCUGGUGUGGCAAGUGACUCUCCUUAUAACCACGCAACACUUAGGGCUGUGGGGUUAGGUUUGCCUGGACUGUAGCACUUUUCUCUCCUCUACUCCAAACAGGAAGCUGCGAUGGCAAAGCUGUCUGCCUCCGAGGCUGCAACUUCAAUUUCCCAUCAGGUAAGCCUGUGCCUCUUCAUGCCCAUGAGCACAGAGGGAGAAGCUCUCCCCUUCCGUACAGCUGGCACGCUGCUGGCUUACGUGGAGCAAGAGACACAGCUGGAAUCUCUCUCCUUGGACCGUUCUGUCACUGUGGCCACAAAGGAGUCCCUGUAGGUGUGUGGGGCUCUUAAGUGACUCUGGCAAACGAACAAAGCAUGCGGUAGGGGGAGCGAGUGGCAUGCUUCCUUUCCAUCUCCUGGAUGUAAGUGCAUCCCUCCCCAUUUUUCAUCUCUGUUGCCAUGCUGCAGCCACAGUAUCCAAUGCUGAUGCACUUGGGAUGCUUUUCUAUUUCAGGCGAUCCAGAUCCUGGGAGGGAUGGGCUACGUGACAGAGAUGCCGGCGGAGCGCCACUACCGGGAUGCUCGAAUUACGGAGAUCUACGAGGGAACUAGCGAGAUACAGAGGCUGGUCAUUGCAGGGCAGCUGUUGAAAGCUUAUCGAGGCUGAGGGGGAGAAGAUCUGUGUUUCAGCGCCUCCUACUUUCUUGUAGAGAUGCACGUGCGAUUUCUGAUGGUAGACCCUGGGUCUGGUUACAAGCCAACACAGAGCCCCAUUUGCCAGAGUUUAGGCAGAGUAGGAGACUCGGGCCACCAGUUGCUGCAUGCCACAGCAUUCACUGUGAGAGUUGAACAGUAAGCCAGAGCGGAGAGUCUCAAGACAGCAAGAUAAAAGUGUCCUUGCCUUUAAGGUGCCUUAGAUAAAGAUAUAUAUAUACAUACACAAAAUGAAUAAAUUGCACUACCAAGGGUUUGAUUUCUCUCUCCUCACCCCACUUUGCACUACAGCCUCAGGUUGCGUUUAAUGGACAUUCAUUUGUGUGAUGUUUCUUUAAACUACCUUUGUCUGCAGCAGAGAUCAGGAGUGCAGAACUGUUGUGUGGAUAAAAGGAUAAAUGAAAACUCUUCUCCAGCAUCAGAUACUGCCCUGAAUAUGUUAGUAGGGUGCAGGGGGUGGGCACCCACUAAGAAUACCCACUGAGACCUGUGGGUAUAGGGUAGUAUACAAAUUUAAAUAAAUAAUAAUAAUAAUAAUAAAUAAUAAUAAAUAAUAAUAAUAAUAAUAAAAAAUCUGGAAGCAUAGUAAUUAUUGCCAUGGACCAUAGGCAAUAAAUGGAAGAUUAUGUUCAUGUUUGUUAAUAGUGGCAACAGAUGAAAGUCACAGCUGCUCUGGGUACUUAGGAAAUGUCCUACUGGUUGGUGAAAGGCAGCCUCCUUAUCCUUUCUGUGAUGUGAAGUGUCUGGGAAAGAAACUGAGGUGCCUGUGCAUCUUUUUCUCACGUACAAUAAGGAAUCUUGCCAGCCUUCCUUCUGCUGGGGUCUCCACUAUGUGGGGUCUCGCUUGCCGACCCCUGGUGUAAAGAGCAAUUAAGAGUAACUCCUAUAGCAAAUGCUCUCUCAGCUAAUGGCUCCUCUUCAGUUGGGCAAGGAGAUUCAAGAUGCAGGCCACUUAUUCCACUCUAAAAAUACAACCAAACCCCACCUCCUUGCCCAAUUUCUAAAAUCAAUGUUUAGAAUUGCAGACAGCCAUCUGUGGUUGAUUUCCACCUUUCCUACCAUGGAUAACAAUUAUUGCCAUACAACAGUGUACAUACAGGAUAAGGUGUGGUGGCUAUUCAGUAUGAUAAUAGAAUAAACUUCAAGUAGCAGCACUCUACCUCUUACUAUAGGAUUUUAGCACUAGACAACUGAUGAGAGAAGUCAGCUUUCUAACGUGUUUUAUGAAUGUGUCGAAAAUAACUUGCUGGUUACAGUGGAAACUGUUCUGGACUUGGUGGCCUUUUGGUCUGAAGCAGCAGAACAAGCUCUUAGUGGGAACAUAAUACUCUCAGCACCACUUGCAGUAAGAAGCCAGGGUAGAAGUGGCAAUCCCUGUUCUGUAUGCAAAUCCUACUUCCUCCACACCAGAAACACUCCUCUGGGGACACUCAUGCCCCACAAUAACCUAGAAAGGCCAUAAACAUGUUUAAUUUGAUGCCUGAGAAAAAUCCCAAAGCUGCUUUCUUGUUUACUUGGGGAAUUAGUCUGCAUGGCCUCAUCUAGAGUAUGAAUGAAAGAUAUGGCUUCCGGCAGAGUGCAUUGUGCUCACAAGGCAACUUGGGCUCCCAGUUUUAAUUAAAAAAACAAACAAACCAAACUUAACCCAACAAGUUUUUCUUAAUUUAAAGAGGGCAAUAGCAACCAGCGUAACUUAUUCAGCAUUUUAUCAAGCUUGCCGGAUCUGCAGUUCCGUUUGUGCUAAGUGAAGGUCAGUGAAUUCCCUUGCCUCUUUCCUGGGAACUAUACAGCAAGCAACCUGUCCAUUUACUAUUUUUUAUACCACCCUUCAUCAAAACACAAGUAAAAGCACAAAUGGAAGACGCACAAUUGGAAGACGAUCACCAGGCAUCCACACAGCAUGACCAGUCCAACGAAG